AUGUAAAAAAAUAUUGAUGAUGAUGAUAUUGACCCAUGUUAAUUUAUAAAAAAUUUAGAUACAGGAGAUACAUACAGUGUUAAUAAUUUUGGUGAAUUAGAGAUUGAAUUUAAAUAAUAUACACCAUUGAAUUCAAAGAAAAGUAGGUGGAAGACUUUUUGGACAAAAAUGGAAGAAAUAAAUGAAAAAUUAUAUGAUGCAUGUGAAAAAGGAGAUGAAGAAGUUGUUACAAGAUUGCUCAAAGAUUAAAAUGAUUUAAAAUAAUAAGUUUAAUAAUAAAAUCGAUCAAACAAUUCCACUCUAAUUGGAGAAGAUUAUAAAGAUUUUAUUGGAUUUAUAAAUAUUGAUUGUAAAGGUUUAGAUGAUUGGACAGCUUUACAUCAUGCUGUAAAUAACAGAAGGGUAAAAAUAGUUAAGUUGCUGCUUGAUUCUAAAGCUAAUCCAAAUUUAUGUACAUAAAUGAAAAGUACUCCCUUACAUUUAGCAUGUUUAAGAAGAAGCUUAGAAAUAGUUAAACUCUUAGUUGAUUAUAAAGUUGAUUUAAAUUGUUAAGACUCUGAUUUAAAUACACCUUUGCAUAUUAUUUCUGAAAUAGGAGAUAUAUAAAUAGUUGAAUAUUUAUUAAAAAAUGGAGCAGAUGGUAUAUUAAUAAAAUGAUAAUAUAUAUUAGCUAAUUUAAAGAAUUCCCGUUAAAAGUUACCUUAUGAUAUGACAAUGUCGUCAGAUGUAAGAUAACUUCUUUAAAAAUAUGUUCCAAAUUCUGAAGGUUAUCAAUCUAGAUCAUUGAUUUGUGGAUAAGUAGUUAGAAACUCUAGAGCUGAUCAUAUUGAAAGAUUAUUAGGUAAAGUAAAUGAAUUAUCAAAAAUGGAAAGUGUAAAAUAAUCAUAAUAAAUAGUGAUUUAAAAAGAAUAGCCUAUAAUAGAAUCUCAAGCUAUUCCUUAAUUUAUAGAUGUUAGUGUUAAUGUAUAAUAUAAAUUAAUUAGGUUUCUUCCCCAGAAGGAUAUAUAUUUCAUAAAUUACUUGGUAAAGGUAGUUUUGGAGAAGUUUAUUUUGCAACUAGAAAAUUAGAUGGAGAAUAAUAUGCUAUAAAGACUCUUUGUAAAGAGAGAGUACUUGCUAAGAAUUUAACAAGAUAUGCAUAAACAGAAAAGAAUGUUCUUAGUGUUAUGAAACAUCCUUUUAUAGUUAGAUUACAUGCAGCAUUUUAAAAUUCAUCAAAGUUAUUUAUGGUAUUAGAUUUUUGUCCAGGAGGUGAUUUAGGAAAUUUAUUAACUAAACAUGUUAAACUUAAUGAAGAUGUAGCUAGAUUUUAUAUUUGUGAAAUUAUUUUGGCUUUAGAAUCUUUACAUAAAAAUUGUAUCAUCUUUAGAGAUCUCAAACCUGAUAAUGUUGUAUUGGAUUCUAAAGGACAUGCAAAAUUAACAGAUUUUGGAUUAUCUAAAGAAGGAGUUUAUGAUAAUAUUACCAAAAGUUUUUGUGGUUCAAUAGCUUAUCUUGCUCCAGAAGUUUUAAUGAAAAGAGGUCAUUCAAGAACAGUUGAUUGGUAUUUAUUAGGAGUUCUACUUUAUGAAAUGAUUGUUGGAAUGCCACCUUAUUAUCAUUAAGAUAGAGAGAUGCUAUUUGAAAAUAUUAAAAAAGGAGUUUUAAGAAUCCCUAAAUCUAUGAGUGAAGAAGCUAAAGAUUUAAUUAGAUCACUUUUAGUUAGAGAUCCUUCUUAAAGAUUAGGAGCUAAAACAGAUGCUGAAGAAAUUAAAAAACAUUCAUUCUUCAAAAAUAUAAAUUGGGAUGAUAUUUAUAAUAAAGUAUAAGAUGGCCCUUUCAUUGAAAAGGACAAUACUAAAUCAUGGAUUAAAGAAAUUAUUGAUGUAAAUUAUUUUUUUAUUUCUAGAUGAAAUUCGGAGAUCAAUCUUAAUCUAGUUAAAGAUUGUCUGAUUGGUCUUUUAUUUAAUGA